UCCAGUCGGAUUCCAAUCAGUCCCAAUCUGGAUCGACGGAAAUGGACUCACUCGAACCGAAAUGCACACCACUCAAGAACUCAUACGAUGCCUGCUUCAACCUAUGGUUCGAGAAGUACCUCACCCUCACCGCCAACUACGAAUCAGGGAAUGAUCGCAAGCGGGUCCUGGCCCGAAGCAAGGAACAGUACGAGAAGGAUUGCGGACAGAAAUGGCUCCAAUACCAUUCCUGUCUCAACGAGGCACUCGACUCACGUCAGCUCAAACCAUUAUUGGAAGCUGCUAGGAACGAAGACCCGUUACCAGAACCAUCUAAAUUAGAAAAAUCAACUCGAUCAAACUGAAGUAUCGCCCCGCAACAUAUAUGGACUACUGCCGCAUCAAACACUCGUAUGAUGGCCAUCACUUUAUAUCAAGAUUCCAGAUAAAUUGACCAUCUCAUCCUUGAAAAUCAAUUUAAAAAAAACCAAACUCAUGAUUGUUGUAAUAAGAGAAAUUGGCAGACAGAUGACAGCAGAGAGAGGGAUUUAAGCUGUUUUGGAGCAUGGACUCAUUUGAAAGUAAACUAAAAUCUUACAACA